ACAUUAGAUGUCCGCGAGCAGACUUUUACAAUUUUAAUUUGUCCCGAAGGAGUUUUCCCUGCUUGUUGGCCGUAAUUAUUUCAGGUCGUCGCUUCAACGCCAAGCAAUGGACCGCUUGUUGAACUGUUUUAGCUGCAAAAACUCUCAACAGAAGACAUCCCGAGAGAAUAGACUAGCAAGCGGUCAAAAGGUUUGCUAUGGCGUUGGACAUAUCCUGAAUGACCUUGCUGCAAAUGCCUGGUUCAGCUAUCUUAUUAUUUACUUAACCAAAGUUGCUGGCCUGUCAAACAGCCAUACGGGGAUAGUUGUUAUGGCAGGACAACUGACGGAUGGAAUCUGCACACCGAUCACCGCCAUCCUCAACGACAAAACUGUGUGUCGUUAUGGGCGAAGAAAAAUCUGGCAUCUACUGGGGUCAAUCUGCGUGAGCUUCUCCUUUCCUCUUCUGUUCACUCAGCUUCUUCGCGGUGAAGCAAGCGAUUCCCUGAAGCUUGCAUAUUAUAUCAGUAUAGCGGCUGUGUUUCAGUUUGGUUGGGGCUGUGUUCAAAUUAGUCACCUUUCACUUAUUCCAGAGAUCGCCAUCAGGGAAUCAGAAAAAGUCGAAUUGAAUGCUAUAAGGUCAGCUUUGCGGUUUGUCUGCGGUAUUUUCGUAUUUGGCGUGACGUGGAUUCUGUUACGAAGAAGUUCGGAAUCUAGUAUUUCGUCAGCUACAUGGAAACAGUUCAUGUAUCUUGGCUUGAUUAUAACCGCCACCGGUUCACUGUUUAACGUCAUUUUUCACGUUGGCGUCAAAGAGCCCCCUUCAGAUGCAUUACGGGUAUGGCUGGAGGAACGGAAAAAUGGAAAACACAAACGAAAAAAGGUUGAACGGAAAGGAAGCGAAAGAAACGCUCUCCUGACGCAAGCCCUGUAUCAACGUCCUUCUCCCAGUAGAAGAAGUGGCGCCUCACCUGCUGUGGUAGUGACGCUCUGUGAGAAACAAAACAAAAUAGCAGCUGGUAAGGGUGGUAAUGAACUACGGUCGGCAUCUCAAACAACUAUGGAAAGUGGAGAAACUCGCAACUCCUCACAGGAAAUUAUCGACAAAAGUGCUAUUCUAGGCGGCGGAAGGAGUAAACGACAGUGGCUAAAAAGUCCAGGGUUAUACAAAAUAGGGGCUUUGUACAUUUGUACUCGUCUGUACGUAAAUGUCUCACAGUCUUAUCUACCGCUUUACCUGAUUGAGACAAUGCGCUUUGCAAUGGAAUCUAUUGCUUUUUUUCCUUUGGUUGUACUUGUGACGGGAGUUCUGGCGAGCAGUGCUGUCAAGUCUCUCAAUAAACGACUUGGAAGCAAGAUAACCUUCUGCCUGGGUGCCAUGAUGGCUAUAAGUGCCAGCUUCUGGUUUUUUGUUCAGACUGUCGAUGGACGGACGGCUGUGUAUGCGACUGCUAUGCUUAUGGGAAGCGGUGGCUCUGUCAUGUUAGUGACAUCACAGUCUUUGAUCGCGCAGCUCAUUGGUCAGGACAAGAAAUCUGGAGCUUUUGUGUACGGUUUUAUUGGAUUCUUCGACAAAGGAGUCAGUGCGGCCGUAUUUGCCAUCAUUCAGGAAAAUAAUCCUCGAGAAAAUCAAAGCGUGGAAUGUGUCACGUGCGAUGAGUACACACGUCACGUGCAAAGCAUCGUACCAGGCGUGGUCGCUUUCCUAGCACUUUUCUGUGUCAUGGUUUUCUUUGAAUCGAUUUUCAUCUGCAAAAGAAGAGCGACGAUGUCUGACGCUGCAGUUCAAGUGAAUUUAAGUGAUGACAAAGGCGAUGAUGAAACCAGUUCAAGCGGUGUUGGCACUGCGUCCAUUACUGAGAAGGCUGAAAGUGAAGUGUUCAAUACUGGAAACGUUGAAAACAGAACAUCACAAAAAAGAACUUAUAAUUAUUCUCUGGAGUCAAGAAACUUUAACACUCCCCAGGCAACAAGGGACGGCAACGUUGCUGUGCGUUUGGCAUCUUCGUCUCUUCCUUCUCCAGUGUUAGAUCGCAGAACGAUUUUAUAAUAUACAGCGAACAGACUAUGCGUUAAAAAGGGGUUCUACUUGAUAGAAUUAGGGUGCUAUGAAGCAUGUGCGUUGAAUUGAUUGGGUCAGACAUGAUCACGGAAAUUACCAGAGCUAGGUACACGGAUAUUUCCAUCCGUUACCGAGGAUACCUUCAGCGCGAAAUGCAACAUGUGGGCUGCAACGAUAAGAUUUAGACUGAAUAGUAAGGAGACAAGGGAACAUAUCAACUUAUAUUUUUUCAUAUGAUAAUGAUGAUAUCAACUUAUAUUUUUUCAUAUGAUGAUGAUGAUGAUGAUUAUGAUUAUGAGAUACUAUGGGCCUAGAGGUGAGGUUGGCCCUUUUUUAAUUGUGAUUCAAAUGUGAGCCGCAAACGGGCGAAAACGAGUCGCGAAGGGCUCGCUUUGACUGCGAUAACAGCUUUUUUUGCUUUAGUAGCAGAAGGAAGAGAGAAAGAAAACCUUUUGGACAGAGAUUAUGGUGAGAAAGAAAGGUGAAAAAAAAGAAGUAAAAGAUUGAAAGAAAGGAAUAAUGAAAAGGGAAGGAGAAGGAGAAAGAGAAAAAGAAAGAAAGAAAGAAAAAGAAGAUAAAAUAAUGAAGAUAUAGCGCCGAAGCUUGUAUAACAAAUGAGUAUACCACGAGUUAUGCAAUUAUGCAUGGUUGCCGUUCUCAUACAUUUUAAUUUUUUCUCCCAAGGAGAAUAUAUAUCUUUUUCUUAGAGGCGUUUUCUGAGAUGAACAAGGUGAUCAAGUCGUUUAUUCUCGUAACCUUGAAUUAAUUGUCAGAUGGUAAAGAGAACAUUGAAAGUUGAUCAAAAUUAGCAUUAAAUUUUCUUUACUGUUUUCAAACAUAAUCUGUCACUUUUAUUGAAUGAAUUGAACGCUCCUGUCAUAAGCUAUACAUAUAAAAGAAUCUUUCUUGACGA